AAUAGACGACUGUCGUCUGAUCCAGCUUCUAAGGAGAACGCUCAAGAAAGGUGCUCAAAAUUACAAAAGGCAGGAUGUCAACAGUGUUUCUCCAUGUGGGUCAGUGUGGCAACCAACUAGGCCAACAAUUCUGGCAACUUGUUCAACAAGAUGAAGAGGCCAAGCGCACCUUUUACCGGAGAGAUCAGAAGCUUCCAUCGCUCCAUGUUGACACAGAGAAGAAAGUGAUUGCUAAGCUAUUGAGAAAUAGUAAACAACUUCCUGUAAGAGAGGAAAAUGUCAUCCUGAGCAAGCAAGGCAGAGGAACAAACUGGGCCAUGGGGUACCAUGGGACAUCAAGCAAUCCUAGUGAAAGCAUGGUUGAAUUAACCCUUGAAGCCAUGAGGAGAGAGGUAGAGAGAUGUGAAUCUUUCUGUGGUACAGUUAUGAUGCACAGUCUGAGUGGUGGAACUGGAUCAGGUCUUGGUUCUCGUCUCUGUGAGGCUGUGAGAGAUACAUAUCCCAUGGCAUACAUCCUGGAUAUAGCUGUAGCUCCGCAUACCCAAGGAGAGAGUCCUCUUCAACAUUACAACAAUCUAUUCUGCCUCUCUUGGCUACAAAAGUUUGCUGAUUGUGUCAUCCUCUAUCAUAAUGAUGAAGUCUUACACCAUCUCCAAGGCUUAAAUAUCACCAAGGGCAACCGUGAUGCUGCAAACGUCGAUAUCAAAAUGAUGAAUAAAUACAUCACAGACUCCUUGGCUGGCUUACUGUGCCCAAUAACAAGUAAUACUACAAAAAGUGGUAUAUCUUGUGGCAAUGAAGCAUGGGAGAUGCUGAGAUCUGUCGCUCCAAUGCCUUCUCAUAAGUUUCUUCAUGUCUCGCAUGUAAUGAAAAGGGAGUCUACAUGGGAGGCCAUGACUACCAAUCUUACCCAGAGUGCUGUGAGAUAUGAUCCAGAUGGACAGCAUUACUCCUCACUUGCCUCACUGGUGGCAGUAAGAGGAGAGACAACAUCCACCUUCAUGACGAGUCUUUCAACCAUUGAGAGAAAACUCAAAGCAGCCCUCAACUUUGCUGAGUGGAAUCCCUUCCCAAUCGACUUCUGGAUAGGAAACCAGCAAGGAGUUUUACCAAAGGACACUUCUUCCAUGACGAUGUGUGUGAAUACUAGUAGGAUUGUGAGCACGAUGCAGAGAGUUCAGUCCAGAGCACAGUCCAUGUAUGAAGCCAAGGCUUUCCUACACUGGUACCAAAGAUACAGCUGUGAUGAGACGGACUUCGAAGACGCAUUUUCCACAGUGAAUCAAGUCAUCAGAGACUAUGAGAGUGCGGCUGAGGGUUGAAGAAUUCAGCAGCACAUGACAGAGAUGGUCCAUCCACAAAGACAGAGUGCUGGUGGUAGGAUGUAAACCUCCAUAAGGAUAUAUGUAGAAAGCAGCAAACAGAAAUACAAUCAUGCAAUACGUACACGAGGAUAGGUCUUGCGUGUGGGACCAUGAGAGUGCAGCUGAGGGUUGAAUAAUCAGCAGCACAUGACAAAGAUGGUCCAUCCACAAAGACAGAGUGCUGGUGGUAGGAUGAACACCUCCAUAAACAAGCAGCAAACAGAAAUACAGUGUGUAUUAGAAUAAUCUGAUACGUAGACAAGAAUCGGUCUUGUGUCGAAUGCAAAAAAGGCAAGAAGGUUUUGGUAAACUGAAAUGAUGAUAGGGAAUGUGUUUAUUUACGUUAUAUGAAUAGUAGAAGGAGGAACAUAUUGAAUCACUAGAUCCCUUUAGCUUAUGGGUCUAAUUGCGUAUGAAUCACUUAAAUUCUGUGACAUUGUUAUUUUUAUCCUGGAAGUAGUAAUUAGACAAGCAUAGGCAAUUUUGCAGCAUGAUAUAGUGUCCUUGUUAAUAUGCGAGCACAGG